AUGAUUGGUACCUUACCUCCACCUGGAGAGAGCUCGAGUCUGGCUGUCUGCAGGAUCCUCUUUGUCCCGGGCUGUCUUUCCGACAUCCGACAGCUUAACCGUCUAGAAACUAUGGGGCAAACUGGGACCGAGCGAGGAGCCCGCGAGGAGGCCCGAGGGCGAGCACCAGGGCCUGAAGCAGCAGGAAGACAUGCAGAUUUGCUUGUGGUGAAUGGGAUUCUUGGGGAAUCGGUUACUUUCCCCUUAAAUAUUCAAGAGCCACAGAAAGUUAAGAACAUUGGCUGGGUUUCUUCAUUUGCUUCAUCCGUUGCUUUUGUAAAACCAGGACUCCAAGGAGCACCACGUGACAUUUUUGUGAUCCAGGCCACUUAUGAAGGACGAAUAUCCGUCAUAGAUCAGAACUAUGACCUAGUCAUUAGAGACCUGAGGAUGGAAGAUGAGGGAACUUACAUUGCAAACAUAAAUGUAGAGAAUACCCCCACCACCACAAAGCGCUAUAACCUUCAUAUCUACCGUCGGCUUGGAAAAGCAAAAAUUACACAGAGUUCAAUAACAUUUUUGAACAAUUCUUGUAAUGUCACACUAACGUGCUCUGUGGAGAAAGAAGAAAAGAAUGUGACAUACAGUUGGAGUCCCUUGGGAGAGAGAAGUAAUGUCCUUCAAAUCUUCCAGUCCCCUGAGGAUCAAAACCUGACUUACACAUGUACUGCCCAGAACCCUGUCAGCAACAGUUCUGACUCUGUCGCUGCCCAGCAACUUUGCACAGACAGUCCAAAUUUCCACCUUCGCCGUGCUGUGUUGUCAAGUGGACUGGCUGCCGCUCUCCUUCUGCUUAUUCUCAUUCCAUUUUUUGGGUUUCUGUUGUAUUUGUACAAGAGAUGGCGGAAUAGGAUUGACUUGAAAGGUGAUGUCUCAAGAGAAACAACAUACCGUAAAAUGUCAAGAAAUGAUCGUCUCACAGAGUCUAGAAUCUAUGAUGAAAUUCCUGAGUGCAAGGUGCUGUCCCACAAGGAAGAGUCAGUGAACACCAUUUACUCCUCAGUGCAGCUUUCUGAGAAGAUGCGGAAAAACGACACAAGUGAUGGCAGACCUCCCAAGACUUUGGGUAAUGAAAUUAUCGUCUAG